AUGAUGAAGGACCUUUUCGGUGCUAUCUUUGUCAUCAGAGAUCGAGCAGCCUCUCUCUGUUUUGUACCUGACCCGACCGAACCGACCGAACUGUGUCGGUCAGUCUGUCAGGAACAGAAGACGCCCAGCUGCAAUGUCUCUUCGUAUUGGGAGUUGUCCCUUCUUUCUCUGCCACACACUCUCUCCAUCAGAGGCAAGCCUAAUCGAAACAGAGAAGAAAAGAUGUUAGCAGCAUCAUCGUGUCGACUGCUUUCGCUGCAAAACAAACGCCCCACAUAUUCAUAUACGGUAUAUUGA